CGCACGCGUGCACGCGCCGUUCUCGCGAGCAGGAACAAGAGGACGCCAUGGGACGCUGCCUUCGAGAACAGGGGCUGCUCCUCCUGCUGGUCGCGGCCGCCCAGAAGCCCCACACCGGCGCCGCGAGACGAGCCGCCGCCGGACGGGCCGAUCUGGCGGCGGUCAGCUGGCUGCGUCCUCCGGCCGAGUUCGUGGUGCCGUGCUCCGUGCGCGCGCGGGGCUUCGACGGCGGCCAGCAGGCGGACGUGGUCAGGGCGCACAACGAGUACCGCAGCCUCGUCGCCAAGGGAGAACUGCACGGCUUCCAACCCGCGGCGGACAUGUGCGAGACCACGUGGGACCAGGACCUGGCGGAAGUGGCGCAGUCGUACGUGGAACAGUGCGCGCCGCAGAGUGAGGUUGUGCAGGCACGUGACUUCAUCGAGCAGGGCCAGAACCUGUGCCUCCAGACGCUGCCGGACACCGCCAACGACACGGGAUUCGAGGCCUGCGUCGCGGCCUGGUUUAGCGAACACGCCGGCUGCCCCAAAGGCGUCAUUGAGUCAUACAGGAACGCCAGUGGCCGCGACGAAACCUCCUGCGAACAUUUCACCCAGAUAUUGCCCACGUUACACACCACAGACCAAUUGGAGCCAACAGAAGGGAGUGAAACGUAUUUAUUACCAGGAAAAGUUGGAGAUGUCGGCCUGACCUACUGUGUCCUAGCCUGCCAGUCAGCGUAGGGCUAACGGUGAAGAGGAACAACAGGAAACCAAGAAGUGACGAUAACAAUGAUAAGAAAGAAUUUGGAACGCAUUAAUAAAAAAUCU